AUGAAGCUUCCAGUACUAGUAACACGUGCGCUCAUUGAGAGGGAAUUUCAUCAUGAUGAUGAUGACGAUGAGGAUGGCCCAGGAGGGUCCAGCGGUCAAGGGAAAUCGCUUAUAGUAGCUGUUGUCUUCGUUGCCGUUCUUCUCUUCUCCCUAUUCAUCUACGUCGGUCUACGUCUCCUCCGCCGAAGUGUAUCAGAACCCCCAACUUGGCUCCCCGAAUUUGUGAGAUCUUGGUGGACAAAAUGGCGGCCUGGUACCUAUAUCCCCACACCAAUUUCGGAAAGAGAAGCUAUCGCCGCCGCCACAGCCGCAUCAUCUAUGUCCAGCCGCCAUACUGACCGUUCCACCAACUACGACAGCCGCCGUGAUCGACACAGCAGUCGACGUGACCGCCAUCGCGAAAACCCAACACAAGGGAUUGACAGAAACACCAGUAUUCGCUCUAUCAUGACCUUGCCUGAAUAUCGACCUGUCGCUUCGCCCGGAAAGGAGCGGACAAUUGGCCGAGAAGGUGAACGGGCUGGCAUCGAUGUUGUACUCGAAUUUCCGGAGAGUUCAACUGAGGAGGAACAAAGGAGGGAGGAGCACAUGCAAGCUCUGUAUGAGAUCCGACUGGCGCGGCAACUUGAGAGGGCGGAGGCUAGAGAGAAUGCCGCAAAUGGAGGAAGUAGAAGUAAUCGACACGCCUCACCAGGGAGCGAUCGGGGGAGAAAUAGGGAUGGCUCAAGUAGCACUUCUCUAGCUGCUGCUCUUGCUGCAGUUUCAGAGAGAGACCGAAGACUGGCCAAUGUUGCAUACGCCGAGGUUGGAACUGCAAGACCGGACGGAUCAAGAGUUAGGGCUAGCUCAACAGCAUCUGAAAGAGAUAACCAGCCACUGCUGAGCUCUGGAGCCAGUAUGGGACGGCAUGGGAGAAGUGUAUCGAUAGAAAGUGUUGAGAUGUUCAGCGCGAGACCAAGUAUGGAGACCAGGCCCCCAGGAAGCUCCAGCAACAGGCAGGUCUCUGGUGUCAGAUCAAUGUUGGAUGUUGAUCGAGAAACUACUCCCCCGCCGCCCGAUUAUGGCGGUCCGCCAACGGAGCCACCGCCAGAUUAUGAUCAGUUACAUGAUCUGCACGACUAUGAUGGCCAACAUGGAAAUACAAAUAUGCAGGCACGAUAA